AUGGCUCGAGGAAAGCCACAAAGGCCUGGGAAACGACCAAGCCGGUCGAAACCCCAGAACGUCAGACCCGAUGUUGCGAAGUUCGACCCGAGGCAGAGCAGCAUCAAACGAUUGGCCGAUUGGGACCAAGAGGAGGCCCAAGACGAACAGGAUGACUUCUUCGAAGGAUUGGAUAAAGUUUCGCUCCAACAGACAAGUCGGGAUACGAGGUUUGAAAACGACUUGGAGGAUCCAGAACAGCUGUUGGACAUCGAUGACGGUGAAGAAGAUGAUGAACAGUAUGUUGACGACCAAUCAGAGAGUGAAAGCGAGAAAUCGAAGCCGAGGAAACAACGCAAGCCGAAAGUCUCAGUUGACAACUCUCACAAAGGCCGGUUCGCAAAAGGAACCUCAGCCUUGGAGACUCAUUCCGACUCGAUCAAUUCGGAAGAAGGAUCGGACGACGAUGAAGAUCAGCUGCAGCUGGAUCAAAACGAUCUCGAGCUAGAAGGAGACGGAAAAAUGGACGAGAAUGAUGGUUCCUCAGAAGAGGAUGAAUCAACUUGGAAAUCGUAUCACGUAACAAAGUCAAAAUCGAAAAAGAAGAAGACCACCAACGAUCCAGAAGCUGUCGCGCAGGAAGAGGAGCGAAGGGCGUUGGAACUGGAAGAAGUCAAAAGACUACAAGUCAAGGCCAGAUCGAAAUUGACAUCUAGCGAUUUCUCGUCAUAUUUGGACUAUGCGUCCGACGAGGAAAUCCUUGCUACCAAAGCUACCGAGAAACUCAACCAAGAUAGAAUCUCUUCUUCGCAUUCAACUCUAGUGAAAGAGUUUGAUUCAGAACCUGCAGCGGUUGCUUAUCUUCUCAAGACUAAGCCGGAGUGUCUGGCUCUUUUGACCGAUUUUCGACGAUCGUUGGGCGCCUUGUCUGAGCUUCAAGACAAGGUAUCCUCUCCAAGUGAACUGAUCGAUGGAGAUCCGGAUAAGAACGAAUUCAAUCGUGCAAUUGACCUGCUGCAUUAUCAUGUCCUAUCCACAUACGUAUCGACCACGGCAUUCUAUAUGCACCUCUCACUCCACAUUCCACCCCCUGCUCCCGCAUUGCUAGGAUCGGUGACGAAAUCGCUGAUCGACCUACGAAACACAUUAAAUCUGAUGGAGCAAGUGGGCUUGAUUGGAGACGGCUCAGGAGAUGAACUCGGCGGGUCUGGGACGUUUGACGGCGAAUUUCCUGCCUCGGAAUUCGAUCAAGAGCUGCGCGAUCUGCUCUUUGAUCAAUCAGAUCUGGAUGAACACAUCGAGCCGAGCAGCAAGCGUCGUAAGUCGUCAGGCCAAGGUUCCGCGAAAUCUCAGCCCGACGAAGACAAAGGGUCAGCUCAAACUCAAUCCCAGAAAACGAAGAAAAAGAAAAAGAAAGUCUCGAAGAAAGUCUCUCACAUUGAAGUGGAGGAUCCGAACGAGUUAUUGAAGAACCUACCGCCAAGACCCUCGAAGUCAAUCCUCAACUCUUCUGAGCUUAAUGAUAGAAUCGAUGUCGAUUUCCUCGAAUCAACUUCGUUAUCUGAAAAGGAAGCAACCGAGAAAGAGAAGAAGAAGAAAAGCUUACGAUUUUAUACUGCCAAGAUUGACGCCAAAGGCAAGAGGAGAGAAAAAGCCCUCGCGGGUACGGGGAUCGUUAGUGGGGAUAGUGACUUGCCUUACAUUACGAAGGAAUCUCAACGCCGCGAAUUUCUCAAGAAACAAGAUCAUUCCAUGCCAGAUAUUGACGAUGAUGUUGGCCAGUUUGAUGAUAGUCUUGAUGGCUAUCAGCCUGAUGUAUCUUUCGACCAGGAUGGCCAAUCAGAUUACUAUAGCACUAUCAAGGAACUAAAAUUAUCGGCCAAGAAAACAAAGAAAAUGCAACAUGAUGGGAAGAGAAUGGCAGACCGUAAUGCCUUGAUGACCGAAGCAGAAGGCGGCGCAGCAAGCGGGCCGCGCGAGAUCAGUCGACAGAUCCUGAAGAACAAAGGAUUGACACCCAAGCGGGCAAAGGAAAACCGGAAUCCGCGAGUCAAGAAACGCAAAAGAUUCCAGAAGGCUGAGCAGAAGAUAUCUAGCCAACGGCCCACGUUCAAACCCGACCAGGCCGCACAAAGUCGAACCCUUAAUGGCUACCAGGGCGAGAAAUCUGGCGUCAAGGUCGGAGUCGUCAAGAGUCGUAAACUCUAG